AUGACGCUCUACUAUACUAUGGUGUUUAUGCUGCUCAUGCUUGAGAUGUCACUGUUUGUGGUGCUCAUCGUGCCGCUGCCGUUCACGCUCAAGCGCAGAAUCUUUACUUUCCUCUCCGAAAACCCGCUCGUUGCCAAAGUGCAAUAUGGCAUGAAGAUAACAUUUAUAUUUAUCCUCAUCCUGUUUAUCGACAGUGUCAAUCGUGUCUACCGUGUGCAGGUUGAACUUGGCCUCAGCUCGGAGAAUGCCGCUAACGGGGCUGCCAUCAUUGGCCGUGAACGUCUCGAGGUGCAGGCGCGCAAGUUCUACAGCCAGCGCAACAUGUACCUCUGCGGAUUUACCCUCUUCCUGUCGCUCAUCCUCAACCGCACGUACACCAUGAUCCUCGAGGUGCUGCGCCUCGAGGAGAAGCUGAAGAAGUACGAGGGCACCGCGGCCGACACCAAGCAGAGCGAGAAGCUGACGCAGGCGGGCGAGUUUGGCGAGAUUGGCAACCUCAAGAAGGAGCUGGCCAAGAAGGACCGCGAUAUCGAAACGCUCAAGAAACAGGCCCAGGGCCUGCAGCGCGAGUACGAUGACCUGUGCGAGAAGUACGGCGCCACACAAGCCCCGGCCGGCCCCAAGAAGACCAAAUAA